GUCCGGAGGAGGAGAGUCUCGGAGCGGAAGCGGGUGAUACUUCAGUCAAGACUUUGACCACUGCUGGCAGAGCCUCAGCAAGUAACCCCCUACUUCUAGUUGUUCACCAUUCACCAUAUUGAGGCUUGGGGCGGAAUUUGAAGGAUGUGGAGAAACAGAAUUAACAUUUCAGUUCAAAAUUUGUUGACACACUGAGAAAGGAACGAUGGGCAACACAAGCAGUGAGCGUGCAGCGAUGGACCGCCAGGGGGUUCAGAAGACCCCUCGGAGGGACAGCACCAGCGGCGCUAUUCACACCAAAGAACAUGACCGGCCAAAAAUUCUGAUGGACAGUCCAGAGGAUGCAGACAUCUUUCAUGCUGAGGAAAUCAAAGUAAUGGCCCCACUGGAGAAGGAGUACUUUGCCUGGCAGCAGGACUUGGAAGUUUCUGACAAAAUUUCCAAACAGGCUCGUCCAACAGUGUUUCGGUGGAAAGGGGGUGGGAAGGAAGUUUUCAUCUCUGGGUCCUUCAAUGGGUGGACCAACAAAAUCCCACUUACCAGAAGCCACAAUAACUUCGUGGCAAUUCUGGACCUCCCAGAGGGUGAGCAUCAGUAUAAGUUCUUUGUGGAUGGUCAGUGGACCCAUGAUACAUCAGAGCCUGUUACCACCAGCCAGCUUGGUACCAUCAAUAAUGUUAUCCGGGUGACUCAGACUGAUUUUGAAGUGUUUGAUGCAUUGAUGGUGGAUUCACAGAAAUGCUCAGAUGUGUCAGAUCUGUCAAGCUCUCCCCCUGGCCCUUAUCAUCAGGAUCCGUAUGUGUACAAACCUGAGGAGAGGAUUAAAACACCUCCUAUUCUGCCGCCACACCUGCUCCAGGUCAUUCUGAACAAGGACACUGGCAUUUCAUGUGAUCCUGCAUUGCUGCCGGAACCAAACCACGUCAUGUUGAACCAUCUGUAUGCUCUGUCCAUUAAGGAUGGUGUUAUGGUGCUGAGUGCCACGCAUCGCUACAAGAAGAAGUAUGUUACCACUCUCCUCUACAAGCCCAUAUGAUCUCUCAAAGCAACAUUCCACUCUCAUCCAAGCAGGAAGCUCCAUUUCCUUCAGCGAUCACUCACCACUCACCAGUUAUUGUUCCGGAUGUGCUCAGGAAGAUUGAAUCGAAUGGCAGCUUCCAGAGCCCCCUUCAGCAAUCAAGAACUUGUUUCAUUCCAUGCUUCCUGAUUAGAAAAGGGAAAUCUGUAAUCUAAACCCAGACAAAGUGCCUCUCCUCCCGAUUCCUCACACUAAAGUGGCACUAAAAGCUAGUCUCCAACCAUGAACCCAGUCCUCUUACAGCAGCGUGUCUAACUCUAUUUCAUUAAUGUAUGUGUUUCUUCACCCUCUGGUCAGAGUCCUCUGUUGUUUCACAGACUUUUUGUGUCAAGGAGUCACGGGAGGCCCCCCAUUACCACCCAAACUCACCCCUCCAACCCCCUCCUCCCUCCGUCCUUCCCUCCCCACAUAGACUUCAUGGUGACAUUCUCAGCAUGUUAAAGCUACAUCAUAGGAACCCUGCUAACAAGCUCUGGGUAGAUUGAGAAAUUCAGUAAAAAAAAUUUACAAUUAUUAAGGGAACAAAAAACAAAAGUGUGUGAAUUGUAAUGUAAUGGAGAACUGGCUGGAAUUUUCUGUUUAUUUACAUCAGUGGGUCCACUAGAAUCGUAGUGACUUGAGUGCUGCACUAAAGAAUACUCACUUUACACACUCAUGGUAUAUGGCAAUGGUCAGAUUUCCCUAUUAGAGUUAUGGGAUCUCUAUUCUGUUCCUGGUGUUGUAAGGAUGCAUCUAAUGGCUGCGGAGAUAGGUGGGUUUAGCGAUAUGGGUGUAGUCCUUGAUAUAGUGCCAUGAUGUACUUCAACAGUCUCAAGUUGGCACUCUCCAGUCAUGCAAUUACGUUCCUUAGCACUCCUCUAACUCUCCUAGUCACUGAAAGUCACAAUAGAAAUAGUCAUUUGGUAGUACAGGACUUGAGUAUUGCUGGAGAAAGAUGUUGUCGACGCUUUUUGUCUUGCACUCAUUAGAACAAUUCGCAAGAAUACCAAAUGUUAUGGGGAUAACAAUUUAUACUUCAUGGGACGAGAUUGGUUGGGAAGUGGACUCUGAUUGUUAGAGGCAAUCCAUGGAAAAUAACUGAUGAUUGACAGUUAACUACCAAGCUUUCUUAAAUUCAAACCAGGAAGAUUGACUCUGGUCAAGGCAUUUCCCUGGGGAAUGAACCAGCGAAUGGCUGUCACCUAUUUUGUUUAGCUGGAACAGGUGCAAUGUGUACACAUGUUCUUUGUCUUUUUUCAGCAAUACUCAAGUCGCAAUAGAGUUUCUUCAGCCACAUUGAGUCUUACCUAACUUGUGGAAAUUAAUCUUUAGUUCUUCCUCCCCACCAGUCCUAAGGGACCAUUCUUUAUGUAUAAGUCUAAGUAGCUGUUGUGACAGUCAAGCCUGAUCUUGUCUUCACCUGCCCCAACCCUACAGUUACUGAAAGGCCUGAUCCUGUCCUCAUUCAAAUGCUGCCUGCUGAAUUCUGCAGGCACCGCUCCGCACCCCCCCCCCCGCCCCAAACCACCCCUAAUUCAGGUGGGAUGCCAUGUCUUCAUUCUGUCCCUAUAGGCUUCAGAGGUGGUCAUGGGUCAGCAAACGGGAGCAGUAACCCCCAGUCAGUCUUUUCCCUGUCUCCAUGGAUUGUGACGUGAGAUCAGCUAAUUCAGCACAGAUGGAUAAGUCUGCGAUCCUCCCUUCUUCAGCAUUGUAUUGAACAAGCUGUUUAAUCCAUUGAGUCAUUGAAAGAGAUGCAAAAGAAAACUCGCCAUCUCACUACACCCUCUUUUGCUUAUUUUCUCCCCUCCCUUAGCACAAUUGUGUUUGAACCCGUCCCACUUCAGGGAGUCUCCAUCUCUGACCUAUUUGUUAGUAACUGUGCAACCUUAAUCCCUUAAAUUCAGGGUGGGAGGGGGAAUGUGGCAUUGUCAAAUGGGUCGCUGUUUUACCAAAUGAGAAAUUUGGAAGGACUCUGGGAUCUUGAUUCACUUGUCCAAAUGGAGUGGGAUGAUUUAUGCCAGUUGCACUGCUUGGCUUUUAGCAAUUUUCAGUUUUUAUGCCAGCCAGACUUUCUCUGUCAAAUAAAUUCCUGAAAUGUCAAGUAAAUUAAAUUCAUACUGCCUGGCAACUCCUCAUCUGUCAUGCAAUGUCACACAUCACUUGAGAUUAGCCUGUACUUCUUGUACUCUCAUGAUAACAGUGAACCUUACAGGAGGUGGCCUGUUCCCAUGGAGUACUUUGGGUUGCUUGUAUUACUGGCAUUCUUCCGACAAUCAAUAAAUAUUCUGAUUUGA